AUUUACCAUAUUGAAGCUUUAAAUUUGUUCCAGAGCUUUGGACUUCAUCUAUUCGAAUGAAUAGGAAGCAAACUUUUCAAUUAUUUUUAAAACUCACAGCAUAGUUCCAAUGUGGUGGUACUACAUUUAGUAGGUACUACCGUUCAGUCAUCGAGUUAUUGAUUGCACCUCUGCCUUGCUCUUUUGGUAUUUUUAUCUAUGUUCUUUUGUUCUCCGUUGUUCACAUCGAAAAGUGAAAUUUUGGAUAAGAUUGUGGCGAACUUAAAAUUUAUAUUAGCUAAGAGUUGAAAAAUUGUUCAAAACAAGAGGGAUAAAUAUAUAUACUAGAACACCAUAUGGAGAAAUUGACAACUGAUUCUGUGCCCUGCCCACCACGGGAAGAAAAUAUUGGAAUGAAAACACAAAUUCCAAAUGAAAAACAAGAGACAAAAUAUGAAUUUAAUGAGGAGACCAUUGAUCCCAAAAGGAUCUCCGCUGGAGGAGGAAUAACCAUCAUCAACUGCACGGGUAUUGAUAUAGGCACGAAAUGCACAGUUAAUAUUCAUAAUGGGAAUCCGCAGUCCAAAACUCCAACAGUACUCUUGACUCCAAAAAUUAAAAACAUGUUUAAAAGUAGACAAGUUAUUUCUAAGGAAGAUAUAAAAUAUUUAUCUGGAGUGAUUGGAGACUUUGAACAAGCUGCUCGUGAAUUAGAUUAUGAAGAAGGACAAAUACAGCAACUUAAAAUUGACAAUCCUAAAAUUAAAGAGGCAAUUUACCAAUUCCUGUUAGACUUUAAGCAAACCAGAAAUUCAGAAGCCACCGUUGGUGCAAUGGCCAUGGCAUUAUGGAAGGGUGAUCAAAAACCUGCGGUUAAGAGUUGGAGUAGUAAAAUAUAUGAGAAACAUGCUCAGUUUUUGUAA